UUCGCUUGCUUCGACAUCCCCGUGACGGACACUUGCUCUUCUCCCUGGAUCGGCUCGCCGCCAUGGAUUUGGUCCUCCUCGAGAAGGCCCUCCUCGGGCUGUUCGCCGCUGUGACGCUCGCCAUCGUGGUGUCGAAGCUGUGUGGCAAGCGCUUCAAGCUGCCGCCCGGGCCGACCCCGGUGCCCAUCUUCGGGAACUGGCUGCAGGUGGGCGACGACCUCAACCACCGCCUGCUCACCGACAUGGCCAGGCGCUUCGGCGAAAUCUUCCACCUGCUGAUGGGCGUGCGGGACCUGGUGGUGGUCUCCUCGCCGGAUCUCGCCCGGGAGGUGCUCCACGCGCAGGGCGUCGAGUUCGGCUCCCGCACCCGCAACGUGGUGCUCGACAUCUUCACCGACAAGGGCCAGGACAUGGUGUUCACGGUCUACGGCGACCACUGGCGCAAGAUGCGGCGGAUCAUGACGGUGCCCUUCUUCACCAACAAGGUGGUGCAGCAGAACAGGGCCGGGUGGGAGGAGGAGGCCCGGCUGGUGGUGGAGGAGCUGAAGACGAACCCCACGGCCGCCACCGAGGGGGUGGUCAUCCGCCGCAGGCUGCAGCUGAUGAUGUACAACGACAUGUACCGGAUCAUGUUCGACAAAAGGUUCGACAGCGUGGACGACCCGCUCUUCAACAAGCUCAAGGCCAUCAACUUUGAGCGCAGCCGCCUGUCGCAGAGCUUCGAAUUCAACUACGGCGACUUCAUCCCCAUCCUGAGGCCCUUCUUGAGGCGCUACCUCAACAAGUGCAAGGAGGUCAAGGACCACCGCCUGCAGCUCUUCCACGAGCACUUCGUUGCCCAGAGGAAGAAGAUGAUGGAGGAGAAGGGAUCAAAAAUGGAGCUCGAGUGCGCCAUCGAUCACAUCUUGGACGCAGAGAGGAAGGGCGAGAUCAACUACGACAAUGUUCUGUACAUCGUUGAGAACAUCAACGUCGCCGCGUUGGAGACGACGCUGUGGUCGAUCGAGUGGGGGAUCGCGGAGCUGGUGAACAACCCGGAGAUCCAACGCAAGCUUGGGGCGGAGCUGGACGCGGUGCUGGGACGCGACCAGAUCACGGAGCCGGACCUGCAAAGGCUGCCCUACCUCCAGGCGGUGGUGAAGGAGACGCUGCGCUACCGGAUGGCCAUCCCCCUCCUCGUCCCCCACAUGAACCUCAACCACGCCAAGCUCGGCGGCUACGACAUCCCCGGCGAGAGCAAGAUCCUGGUCAACGCAUGGUGGCUUGCCAACAACCCCGCCCACUGGCGCAAGCCCGAGGAGUUCCGCCCCGAGCGCUUCCUGGAGGAAGAGGCCAAGGUGGAGGCCAGCGGCAACGACUUCCGCUACCUGCCCUUCGGCGCCGGCCGCCGCAGCUGCCCCGGCAUCAUCCUCGCCCUCCCCAUCAUCGGCAUCACCCUGGGCCGCCUGGUGCAGAACUUCGAGCUGCUGCCGCCGCCGGGCCAGGCCAAGAUCGACACCACUGAGAAGGCCGGCCAGUUCAGCCUCCAGAUCAUGAAGCACUCCACCGUGGUGUGCAAGCCCAGGGUGUUCUGAUGGCAGUCGCUCCGGGGAGUCGCCUGAAGUACUCACUCCUCUCUCCGGCUCCAUCUUUCGUUCCACUUAGCCUGCGCGAGUUUGCUGGUGUGUUGAAAUAAGUCGAUCCUACAGUAUUCCUUUACGUAGAUGAAUCUGUUGAGGACUUACUACUAUUAUGUGAUUGAUAUAUUGGAUAUGGCUUCAAAGAUCGUCGUGAGCGAAUGCUAUA